UCACACUUGUUUGUUUGUUUCCACAAUUUGCAAGUUUAUUUUUAAGCGAAUUGCGGUGUUCAGCGUUAUAGUAUGGAUAUACAACAACUGGAGGUGCUGUGCAAGCAACUCUACGAAGCCACAGACAUCAGAAUUCGUUCCGAGGCGGAAAAAGCCCUAGUCACAUUCGUAAGCAGCCAGGAUGCGCUGCCCAAAUGCCAGUUGCUGCUGCAAAGAGCCGAUUCCAGCUACGCCCAGUUGCUGGCCGCUUCCACACUUACCAAACUCAUUCAGGGAUUGAGUCUACAGGAGCGGAUCGACAUUCGCAGCUAUGCCCUCAACUAUCUGGCCACUGUGCCGAAUCUGCAGCACUUCGUUGUCCAGGCAUUGGUCAGUCUGCUGGCGAAGCUCACAAAGUACGGAUGGUUCGAUUCGUACAAGGAGGAAAUGGUCUUCCAAAACCUCUUGGAAGAUGUCAAGAAGUUCUUGCAGGGCUCCGUUGAGCACUGCACCAUUGGCGUCCAAAUUCUAUCACAACUGGUGUGUGAGAUGAACUCAGUUGUCGAGAUGGACGUGCAGGUGUCCUUUUCCAAAAUGCGCAAAAUAGCCACAUCUUUUCGGGACCAGCAACUCCUAGAAACCUUUUUGCUAUCCUGCUCUCUACUGGUCUCGGCCCGUGAUAACAGCAAAAACAUAAGCUUCAUGGAUGAGUCGCAGCAAGCGUUAAUAUCACACGUCUUACGUUUAACGAAGAAUUGUCUGAGCUUCGACUUCAUUGGCAGUUCGACAGAUGAAUCUGCUGAUGAUAUGAACAACGUUCAGAUACCCACAGCUUGGCGUCCUGCAUUCUUAGAUUCGAACACACUUAAACUCUUUUUUGAUUUAUAUCAAAUUUUGCCCAAUGGUUUAGCUAGCUACUCCAUAUCCUGCCUGGUUCAAAUUACAUCUGUGCGUCGCUCACUUUUUAAUAAUUCUGAAAGAACAAAAUUUCUAACGCACUUGGUCGAAGGAGUCAAAGAUAUUUUAACAACUCUGCACGGCUUGAGUGACCCAGAUAACUAUCACGAGUUCUGCCGUUUGCUGGCUCGCCUUAAGUCUAAUUAUCAAUUGGGUGAACUUAUAGCGGUGCCAUGUUAUCCAGAAGCAAUUCAACUGAUAGCUAAGUUUACUGUUGAAUCCCUGCACCUAUGGCUUUUUGCACCGAACAGUGUACAUUACUUACUCACCCUUUGGCAACGUAUGGUUGCGUCUGUACCAUAUGUUAAGUCGCCGGAUCCGCAUUUGCUAGGUACUUACACGCCGGAGGUUAUUAAGGCGUAUAUUGAAUCGCGCCUGGAUGCUGUUCCUGUAAUUAUCCGUGACAAUUUAGAUGAUCCACUCGACGAUUUUUGCAUGGUGCAGCAACAGCUGGAACAAUUGUCGGUAAUCGAAAGGUGCGAGUACAACAAGACGUGUAAUCUUCUUGUCCAGCAUUUCGAUCAGAAGGCCCGAGAGUAUGAGAAUCUGUUGCAGACACCUAACGCCAAUAGCAUAGAUAUUACCAUACAUGAGCUACAACUAACGUGGUUGGUGUAUAUAAUCGGGUCGGCCAUAGUGGGUCGUCUCACCGUCGCGACCAGCGAUGAGCAUGACACAAUGGACGCGGAGCUAGUGAUAAGAGUCCUGCAACUGAUGACCCUCACCGAUGCUCGAUUGCCUCAAGCUGGUUGCGAAAAGCUGGAGCUGGCGAUACUGAGCUUUUUGGACCAGGUCCGAAAAAUGCACAGCAGCGAGCAGGCACAGAAAGCCAAUUUGAACAAGAGACUUAGCGAAGUUUUUGGACUGACUGACGAGCAAAUGCUUUUAAGUUUUAUUAAUCGCAAAAUCAUUACAAAUUUAAAGUUUUGGGGACGCUCUGAGUCGAUUAUCACCAAAACCCUUAUGUUAUUAUCCGAACUUUCUGUGCAUUUUAAUUCUGUGCGCAAACUGGCACGUCUAGAAGAAGUCCAGUUUAUGCUCACACAUCACACAAGCGAACAUUUCCCAUUCCUAGGAACUAAUUCCUCUUUGAGCGAGAUGAGAUGUCGCACCAUGUUCUACACUUCAUUGGGCCGCUUACUGAUGUUCGAUUUGGGCGAGGAUGAAGAAAGAUUCUACAAUUUUUUGGAACCCUUAACGAAUCAAUUCGAGUCCCUUGGCUCAGUGAUGAUGGACAAUAACAUAUUUUCUAAUGAAGAGGCUAAGAAGGUCAUUAUUGGUUUGGCUCGAGACCUUCGUGGAUUGGCACUGCCGCUCAACGCCCGCAUUCAAUAUACCAUGCUUUUUGAAUGGCUAUAUUAUGCGGACUAUUUGCCGAUACUCUUGCGUGCGAUGGACCUGUGGGCUCACGAUCCUGCCGUUACGACACCAAUUCUCAAAUUGUUUGCCGAGCUGGUGCAUUGCCGCACCCAAAGACUGGCAGGCAAUGUAUCCAGCCCCAUGGGCAUUCUCCUAUUCCGCGAGGCCUCGAAACUUAUUUGUAUAUACGGUAAUCGCAUUCUGCACCAGGAAGUUCCAAGGGAACGACUUUACCCGAUGAGACUAAAGGGAAUUGCCAUAUGCUUUUUGAUAUUAAAGAACUCACUUGGCGGUAACUAUGUCAAUUGUGGAGUAUUCAAAUUGUACGGAGACGAUACAUUGGACAGUGUACUCAAUAUUAUCGCCAAGUUGAUUCUCACCAUAGAACAAAGAGAUUUAAUUGAAUAUCCCAAAUUAUCAACAGCUUACUACAACUUACUAAAUUGUUUAUCGCAAGAUCAUGUUUCUUAUUUGGCUGCAUUGGAGCCAGCCGCAUUCGUUUACAUUUUGAAAAGUCUUACCAAAGGACUGGCCGCAUUAGACUCCGCCACUUAUAUAAGUUGCUGCACAAUUUUGGAUAGUAUUGUUUCGUACAUCUUUAAACAGCUCCAGAUGAAAGUUUCCACAUUUCCAAACAAAAAGCUCCGUAGCUUAAAUCAAGAAAAUGUGCAGUUUUUAAAAGUUGUUGAAAUGAAUUCUGAGUUACUGCAGAGUAUGAUGUCGUCAUUACUUAACAACGUUUUGCAAGAGGAUUGUCGAAAUCAGUGGUCGAUGUCACGUCCAUUACUGGUUCUCAUAUUGCUUUAUGAGGACUAUUACCGAUCGUUGAAGGACAGAAUUAUCUGCGCUCAACCAAUUGAAAAGCAACAGACAAUGGCGCAAUGGUUCGAUGAUCUAAUGGUCGGAAUUGAGCGAAAUGUUUCCAGCAAAAACAAAGAAAAAUUCACCCAAAAUAUGUCAACAUUUCGGCGCGAUGUAGUCAACUUGCCAAAGUCCACAGCAGCCCUUUUGCCCCAGUAAGUAUAGUUAACGGCAGCGUAUUCCAAGAGGGCUGCGAACACGAAAACGAAGCACAUGACCAGAUAAAUGUCGAUCGCCUUCACAUACGAUAUGCGCGGCAGUGAGCUGCGAACACCCGUGCUAAUGGUGGUCAUGGUGAGCACCGUGGUGAUGCCCAAUGCAACCCGGGCACUCGUCGCCUCGUGGUUAAUCCAGAACGAGACCCACGACAGCAUUACGAUCAGAAUGCUGGGCAGAUAAGUUUGGAAUACAAAGUAUCCGAUAUUCCGUUGCAGUUUGAAUGAGAGCGAGAGGCGCUGAUAGACUCCAGUGGCCAGCCGCUCCUUUCGGUCAUUGGUCUCAUACCCAAUGAUGGUGAACUGCGGCAGCUCCGCAUCCUCCACUCCGCGCACUGGCGUUGGCUUCCAGUACAUGACCACAUCGCUGACCGUGUAUCCAUCUGAAAUAGUUAAAAGUAUUUUACACACUUUUCUAAACUUUAGAUAUUAGUGAUAAAAAUAGGUUAUUAUAUAUUAUAUUAUAGUAUAAGUUAUAUAGUAAUACUCGCAAACUUAAGAUUUUACUCGAUCGAGCUGAUUAUAGAAACCUUUAACUUUAACUAUCUUUAACCUGUCUGUAUCUGUCUUGGAAUUGUU